CUCGAGUUCAAUCACUAACUAGCACAACAAGCUCUUCAAUAUGCAGUCUAAGGUAAUUAUUAUUUUUAUGACUUUGGUGUCACUGACAAUCGGCGCAGUGGUAAAGAAAGAGGACAAUAAAACACCAACAGACACAACCAAAAAAGACAAAAGAGGAUUAAUUGAUUUGGGUUAUGGAUAUGCAUACACUCCAGAUAUCAGUUUCAAUACUUAUCCAUACUCCUCAAUAUCUAAUGAAUAUGCUGUUCCCGUAUCUCAUCAAUCUGUGUCUGUCGAAAAACACAUUCAACUUCCCCAGGUGCAGUACCAAGUAUACGAGCGUCCUUAUGGUCUUAAAGUAACGAAACACCUUCCAGUAGCAGUCGCUCAGACAUAUCAUCCUGUACCAAUUGUGGUUAAAGUUCCUGAUACCUAUGCAGUACCAUAUGUCAAACGCGUUGUUGGAAUAACUCAUCCUGUUAUCGUCAGCAAAUAAUUAAAAUAAUAAGCCUUCUUUUAAUAAUUAAACCUCAU